GACGCACUUCCAAAAACCCGCUGAAAUUCAAAGUGUAUUUGAAAAGGCGUCAAAUGAACAGCCGUUCGAAUCUUUCCGCAGUUUAUGCUCAGCCGUGACUUGUUUGCUUGACCUACACGGACACUUCUGUUGAGGAAGAUCAUGGAUGGGGAAUUUCGAAGUGGGUUGGCGACAGCUUUGAAGAGACAUAGAGAUCCUUUGUCUGACACAGAAGACAAUGUCCACUCGUCUGAUGUCAAUGAUGUUCAGAAAAGGCGUCGCCUGGAGGUGUUGGGCGAGAAGAACGUCAGCCCUACAAAGAAGUCUUCAACUAGAGACCGCCUCCGCUGUGCAGAGCUGGUGAAGCCUGACACCCCUGCUCUCUGCUCUGUCCGCUCCAGAGUACAGCAACUAACCCAGAGACGUGAGGGAGGGCAUGUGCUGGCUCAGAGAUGCCUCUCUGAUCCAGGGUCUGGGGUACCAUCCAUUAAAUUCCAGGAUGGAUUCAAAGAGCACCAUCUUAUUGGUGAGGCAGAAUUCAGCUCGCGGGUGGAGCGGUUUAGAUCCCCCACCACUCCUCAGGCCAGCCCCCUGCCAGCCAACCGGUGGCCCCGUACCCUCUCCAACGCCGUUACCAACUUACAACUGAAACUCGAGGCCAGUGACACGCCCAGCUCCAAACAAGCCUCCCGCAUACGCCAGGAGAGGGAGGAGGAGCUGCGUCUCGUAAGGGCCCAGCCAAUCACAGAGAAUGUCUUCCUAAAGCGAAGCUUCUCUGAUUCCUCACUGACUGAGAGGGCGACCCCACCCGUCUCCUCAUUCUCCCCUUGGAUGAUGUUUAGACGUAGCAGGAGACUGCAGUGGCCACCGUUCCAACCAUGGAAUCAGGCAGACCUCAAUGUGACUGGUGAUGAACCUUUUGGGGUGAAGGACGGCAGCUUUACCGAGACAUCUGUCUUCACAAAGGUCGAUGGMGUGGAGCCUCCAAUUCAAGACACCGGUGAGGUGACUGAGUCCUCAGUUCACAUGGAUGUCCCACCAAAAGAGGUGAAGGGGAGACACAUGGCUGAGCAGCAGGCAGAGUGYACUAUGGACAUUUGUCAGGGAACUUCUCGACCAGAUGAACAUCAUGAGACAGCAGAGGGUCCUGUAGUGAAAGAGCAGCAAAAGGCAGUCUCUCCUGCUCAUGACAAGCAGGAGGAAAGGGAUUUAGUUCACAGGGGGGUGAAGUUCUAUGUUAAUGAUGAGUCCCAUUUAUUUUUAGUUAAUCCUGUGGCAAUGGAGUCCAAAGGAGAUGGUGAGGAGUUGGGUUCUUCUCUAGUUGAGGAGCAGAUGGUGUCCAUACAAGAGAAGGAGAUGAGGUCUUCUGUAGAUGAGGAAGUGGGGUCCCUGAAAGAGGAGAACCGGGAGGUGGGGUCCUUUGUAGAUGAGGAAGAUGUGGCUUCCUCUUUAGKUGAGAAACAGGUGGCGUCUGCUGUAGGUGAGGAAGAGGAGGUAGUUCAGUCCCAACUAGAGAAGGUUGGGGACCUAUUAGGUGAGGAGAUGGAGUCUUCUGGAGUUGWAGAACAAGGGAAAGCAGAAAGUAUUUUAGAUGACAUCCAGGGUGAGAAGUCUGUUCUAGGUGAACACCAGGGGGAGUUGGGUCCAGAGCAGGGAAAGGCCGCAAACGCAUCAGCUGUGUCAGACAGAGAACAGGGAGACUCUGAGCUGCUUACAGACGAGGAACAGACUGAUGAACCACAGUCAGAGGCCAGAGGGUUAAAGAAAGUCACAUUUAUCCUGGAGCCAGAAAUGAUCAAUGACUCAGCCCUGUCUGAGCUGGACUCUUCAUCUAGCUGGAAAAGAGAAAGUAUGUCAGAGGCUGAGCUGAGCUCUCGUGAUGAAACCAACACCGCUGAGAUGAUUGACCUAAUGUUUGAUGAGGUGCUGGAGGCUGCUGCCCAGGGAAGGAUGGAAGAGGAGGGUGAAGAGGACACUGAGGAUCACAACAGUGGCAUAGCCACAGCGAUGCACGGAAUGGAGAAAACAGACACAGAGUUGGACAAGGACAAAGCUGAGGAGGGUGAAGACCUGGAAGAAACCAAGGAACUGGACUCCAGUGCAGAUGAGCUGCUGUCCUUCCCACCCAGCUUUAUCCUCUCCCCUCUCAGCAAGUCUGUGGAAGCUGUGGUCACUCCUAUGAGACUUGCAGCCAAUCAGCUAGCCAACCCUCCAUCCCUACUUCUGACUCCUGAAGAGCUGACCACUCCCCCUGCUGAUAGUGCCCCUCUCUACAGCAUCGAUGCCUACCGCACCCAGAGACAGAGCACCAAGCCAGCCAUUCAGAGUGUAACCCCAAGGGUGCAGAGGCAUGCCGCUGAGAAGUCUCACCCCCAGCCCUGUGUCAACACCAAGGAAAGGAUCAUGGUUCUGAAUGAGGAUGCUGCCAAGCUGCAGACGGUCAUCAAACAGACGUUGCAGGCCCUGAGCUGCUGCACUGACGAGGACCACGGCAGGGGCUCCCUGGAGGAGGCAGAGGCUGAUAAAUUGCUGCUCGUCUCCUGUGAGAAGCGGGCAGCCCUGCUGGCUGAGGUGGCCAGGCUGAAGGAGAGGGGGGGCUCAGUCUCUGAGGAUCUAGAGGGGGGUGAUGGUGAGGGGGACUCCAGCAUGUCCCAGCAGCCCUGCAGGGGCACAGUCAGCAUCAGCAGUGUCCAGCUCCCUCUCAAGGUGGAGUUUGUCUGCUCUGCCCGCACACGAACAGGUCGGCCCACUCAUUAUUUCUUUGUCCUGAUUCGUUAUGGACCCUGCAACAUCGUUGCGACCCCAUUGGCCACGGCAGUGGACGCCCAGAAUGGAGACACCAUCUCCUUCCCCACCUCCAUCACCCUGCAGGACAUUCGCUCCAACUUUGAGAUUGAUGUGGAGGUCUACAGCCUGUCCCAUACCUCAGGGAACACCUGCAAUGUGGAUCUCCGCAGCUCCACCAAGUCAAGGGUCACUCCAAGGAAGCUUCUAAGCACCAUCAAGAGAUCCAACCAAAAUGUAACAUCUUCUACCAUGCCGCACCUGAACACCCGGCGCACCAGCAACUUCUCUCUGGUUGGUUCUCACAAGAUCUCCCUGGCCUCCCUGGGCCAGAGCAAGUUCCCCCUGGACAAGAUGAAGUUUGAAGGCAAAAUCAGGAGACUCCUGGGAGAUGAGUUUCAGGAAAAGGUUCCCUUCCUGUCUCCACUAGAGGGAAACAUAUACCUGCAACUGGACAGCGAGAGCCACUCUAAUGUCCAGCACCAGGGCUUCCUUACGAUGUUUGAGGUGGUGAAUGGAUUUGGAGCUUGGCAUCGACGCUUCUUUGUCCUGGAGGGAAACCACAUGUCCUAUUGGAACCACCCCAAUGACAGAGGCAGCAAGGCAGCAGAAGGCAGCAUCUCCCUGUCUAGUUCCUCUAGUCAGAGUGUGAAGCCAGUGAUGAGAGGCUCCUGUGCUCGCCCCUAUACUUUUGAACUGGUCAGCAGCGUCCAGACUGCACAACAGGAUGACCAGGGCGCUCUGGCCAAGUGCUGGUUCUCAGCAGAUACUGGGGAGGAUCGAGGGGACUGGAUGGAGAACCUGAACCAGGUUCUCCUGGACCUGCAUACCUGGAYUCGCUGCCCCCCUGAACCAUGCUAAAGCACAGCCCAACAACCAGGCCAGCUGUGGGAACAUGAGGGACAGCARUCUGUAACACACUAUUAUAUCAUAUCUUUAUGAAUUCUUAUGAUUACCAUUGGGAGAUUAUUUUAGACAUGGUGAUAUUUUGCCUUUCCUUGGAUUUGUCACUUUCAAUAGCUAUUUAAAAUAGAGCUCCAUCUUGUCCUGUGUUGCAUGAUAUAUAUAUACUAUUUACCUGAGCUUGAAGUAGAUGAUUUAAAUGAAUCCAUAUAAUCUACAAACACUAUUAAAUAGGUUUGAUACGUAGURCAGAAGAGCCCUAACACUAAACGGAUGAUUAGUGCAAUUAUAAUUUUCAUAAGACAAACAGAAAAAAGCCAGACAUGGCUACUGGACAAUAUAAUUUCACUACUACAGCAUUGCUGUAAUGCCCUCGAGUGUAGAAAUCUGUCUCUYGGAAAUAAGAAAUCUGUACCUGACACACAACCUACCUAAUCUAGAAACUUGUGAAUUUAGUGAUUCAACUAGAAUUGCAGUCAAGUUGAGUUAUAGCUCAGUUUUUCAAGUACAGUACUAUCUGCUACGAGGUAAAUAUUGACUAUUUCACAAGUUAAAUUCUUGCUUUCCUUAACUCAAUCUAUUGCUGUGUUGUGCAUAACACAACAGGGGCCUGUCAACAAGAUGGUACCCAAGCACUUCAAAUGGACUAUAGAAUGAUAAGGUGUAUAAUGUUAGUGCCUCAUCUCAUGAUAAAUCCUAGUAGGAGCCUAAAAGGUGAUGAAUGUAUAUGCUGACUGUAGUCAACCUAGUUUUUUUAUUUUCCUUCAUGUGUUUACUGUCAAUCGGUCAUUCUCUUUCUGUAUGGAUGUUAUCCCUAUAAAAUACCUGUCAACAUUCUUUAUAUGCACUUGAUUGAUGAAGGUACUACCAGUAAAUAAUACAAAUGGGUCUAAUGGCA